AUGGAGAUGCGCGCCGUCUCCAACCCCUCCGAGAAAAGGGUCGCUGUUGUUACCGGAGGGAACAAAGGAAUUGGGCUGGAGGUAUGCAGGCAGCUGGCCUCCAAGGGCGUCGCCGUCGUCCUGACGGCGAGAGACGAGACGAGGGGUAAUGAAGCGGCGCGCCGGCUGCACGCGUCCGGGCUAUCCGAUGUGGUGUAUCACAAGCUCGAUGUCAGUGAUCCAUCCAGCGCUGCCCGCCUGGCUGACUUUGUGAAGAACAAGUUCGGCAAGCUAGAUUUAUUGAUCAACAACGCAGGAGUUAUAGGUGCAACCGCAGAGAUUGACACCACGGCACCACUUCAGGAUGUUCUUGUAGGCAGGAAUGCAACGGAGAGGCUCCAGUGGUUACUAGAGCACUCCACGGAGACCUACGACGAAGCUGAAGAAUGCUUGAGAAUAAACUACUUCGGCACCAAGUACGUCACGGAAGCACUCCUCCCUCUCCUUCAGGCCUCCUCUGGCGGAAGACUUGUCAACGUGUCGUCAAACUACGGAUUACUCCGAUAUUUCAGCGGCGAGGACCUCAAGCAGGAGCUGAACAACAUCGAAAACCUGACGAUAGAGAGGCUAGAUGAGAUGUCAAGAUUGUUCCUGAAUGGCUACAAGAAUGGCCUACUGAAAUCUCAAGGAUGGCCUGCUGAUUCAGAGUACUUGGCCUACAAGGUGUCCAAGGCUCUGAUCAAUGGCUACACGAGGAUAAUGGCAAAGAAUUUCCCGGCGUUGCGCGCCAACUCCGUGCACCCUGGCUAUUGCAUGACUGACAUCAACUACGACACUGGAGAACUGACGGCGGAGGAAGGUGCCGGUAGCAUUGUCAUGGUGGCCCUCUUACCGGCAGGAGGACCAACAGGCGUGUUCUUCUACCGUAGUGAAGUUUCACCAUUCGUGUAACUCUUUGACUGCCAAAAUUGAAGACUCACUUUCGGCAGAGCCUGAUGGAAAUUAAAUCCAUCUUCUUUAGCUGCUUUAGGAUUCGGGUUCGCAAUUGUUGCAGAACAAGCUUUCAACAGAUUUAUUAUACAUUUGAACUCGUGAUUAGUGUACAUGAACCGAUGUGUAGCUCUCCAUGGCAAGCAUCUAUGUUUUGUUGAUGCAAUAAAGACCCUGUGAGGGACGUGGCAUUUCUGCACCCAGAUCCAGUGGGAUUGCUUGACACUUUAUCGCACCAGGCGAUAUAUAAGAAUUACCGGGAGCAACUUUUCAAGGGUUUACCCCUUGUCCUCCAAGGGCCACUUUGUUGCCAUGUGAGCGCCCCAUGUGGUGCGUUGAGCCGCCGCCACAUAUCGCGUGCUAUCGGCUCCUUCUAGAUUUUGUUUUUUAUUUUUCUAUAUGCGUUUUCAGGUUUUAGAUGGUUUUAGGCUUUUUGGUUUUUGCAUGGUAUUCCCUACAUUUUGCUGCAAUUAUUAUUAUUAUUAUUUUGAAUCUCAAACAUUUUUUAGGAAAAUAUUUUUUAUUUGUGCUUCCAAAAACAAUUGUGCUUCGUGGAAGCACAGAUUUUCUUACGCGGGAUCGACAUUUGUGCUUAACAAAAAAUGAAAAAUAAUAUGUGCUUCCAUGAAAAGCAUAAUUGGUUCUCGUGGAAAUACAAAUUUGAUUCCGUGAGUGCUUCUCAGAAAGGAAAAAAAAAUCUGUGCUUUCAAAAGAAGCAUAGUUUCGCUUCGUAAUAGAAGUACAGAAUUGCUUUCGUCAAAAGGGAAAGACAUUUUUUUCUUCUUACAAAGGGAAAAACCGCAACUGGGCUUCUGGGCUUUGGAAUUUAGAAUAAGAAGAGAGAAAAAAAUGGAAGAAACCCAUAAAAGAUAAAAGACACCGACAAAAGAAGAAAAACGCUACCGCUCACGUUGAGUUGGGCCAGCCCAUCCUCGCGGUCGCCAGUGCGAUUGCUUGACACUUUAUCGCACCAGGCGAUAUAUAGGAAUUAUCGGGAGCAACUUUUCAAGGGUUUACCCCUUGUCCUCCAAGAGGCACUUUGUUGCCAUGUGAGCCCCCAUGUGGUGCGUUGAGCCGCCGCCACAUAUCGCGUGCUAGUCGCUCCUUCUACAUUUUAUUUUUUAUAUUUCUAUAUGUGUUUUCAGGUUUUAGAUGGUUUUUGGGCUUUUUGAUUUUUGCAUGGUAUUCCCUGCAUUUUAACGCAAUUAUUUUUGUUAUUAUUAUUAUUAUUAUUAUUAUUAUUAUUAUUAUUACUUUGAAUCACAAACUGUGUUUUUUAGGAAAAUAUUUUUUAUUUGUGCUUCUAAAAAUAAUUUUGCUUCUUGUGGAAGCACAGAUUUACUUACGCGGGAAGGACAUUUGUGCUUCUCAAAAAAUGAAAAAUAAUAUGUGCUUCCCUAAGGGUACACUAUUCUAAGCAUGAAUGUAGAAUAGCUUAUUCUCCACCCCUCUCUAUUUUACCAUCAAUAAACCGUAAUUUUACGUUCCGUAAGUUUUGUCUUAUUUCUGAUGUAAAAAGAGACCGUAGGAAAAUAUAUAAUCGCCGUAAAAAAUAUUUUAUGUUAUUAAAAUUACAAACGUAAAAACAUAGUCUAAAAUACACAUAAACUGCAAAUUUUCUUAUCUUAUGACCUAUAUUUUUA